UAAUAUUUCUGCCUGAACUCUGGAGGAUCAUGUCCUUCACAGAGGAGCCCAAACUUACCAUCAGUAACUCAAACGCUACUGAAUACUGUUUAAUCAAAGUUAAAGACACAUGGAGUCGACAGAUUGGACACUGUGAACAAGGACAUGGAGAGGGACACCGGUCAGAUGCCAAAAUCUAUGAAUCCUCUACUGGACAUUGUGUUACCUGGACAGUGGUCAGUCCGGUCGUCUUCACCUACAGAAUUGUGGAGUGUGAGAACCUUCUGGAUGCAAAUAACGACACUUUACUCUUCGGGCACAUAGCUGACCCUGAAGAAGUCCAAGCCCUUAAGCGAAGUACCAAUCUACUGAGGAGGUUUGUGGUCAUUGAUGAAACCGUUAAUGACCUCUAUGGAGCCCAGGUGGUUCAGUACUUUGAAUCAUGGAAAGUUGUGUAUAAAAUCCUCCCUCUGCCCACCACAGAGGAGAACAAGAAUAUGAUGCUUGUCACCAAAAUCCUGGAGGAAGUCCACAGGUUUGGCAUUGACAGGCGCUCAGAGCCGAUCAUUGCGAUUGGUGGAGGUGUGUGUUUGGACAUCGUUGGACUGGCCGCCUCACUGUACCGCAGGAGGACCCCCUACAUCCGCGUCCCCACCACACUACUGUCAUACAUUGAUGCCAGCGUUGGGGCCAAGACUGGGGUCAACUUCUGCAGCUGUAAAAAUAAGCUAGGCUCUUAUACGCCACCUACAGCUGCGUUCUUGGACAGGAGCUUCUUAAGGACCGUUCCACGCCGACAUAUUUCAAACGGAAUGGCCGAAAUGUUAAAGAUGGCUCUGAUGAAACAUAAGGGUCUGUUUGAGCUUCUGGAGAUGGAGGGGCGGAGUUUACUGGACUUCGCCUUCCAGUCUUCCAGUGUCACUGAAGGGCGUGGCUACACAGAUGCCGCCUCGUUGGCCACCAAGGUUGCUAUAGUGACCAUGCUGGAGGAACUGGCCCCAAACCUGUGGGAGGACGACCUGGACCGUCUGGUGGACUUUGGCCAUUUGAUCAGCCCUGAGCUGGAAAUGACGGUGCUGCCUGAGCUGCUGCAUGGAGAAGCAGUGAACAUAGACAUGGCCUUUAUGCUGUACGUGGCUCAAGAGCGAGGCUUUUUAACAGAAGAAGAAGUGAAGCGCAUAAUUUCCUGUAUGAAACAUCUGGAGCUUCCUGUCUGGCAUCAGCAGUGCUCUCUGGAUCUGGUGCAGAAAUCUCUCAGUGAACGGCUCAAACACUCCGGUGGGAAGAUGAGGAUGCCUCUGCCUACAGGACUAGGCACAGCAGAAAUCUUCAAUGACACGGAUAGCACCACCUUGUGCCAAGCGUUCAAGAAAUGGUGUGAAGAGCUUGGCACUGGACAUUAAGACCACUGCCUGAAACUUGAAAAAUAAAUAAAUAAAUAGAUGCAUUAAUUAGUUUAUGCUACAUUUAGCUUAUUAAAAUGCUCUUUUAGUCUAUAAUAAAGGAGCUACAUGAUCCAAAACAGUAAAGAUUUACAACAUAUGAACGGAUCUGGUUCAUUUGAACUGAAUCUUUUAAUAAACUAAAAAUGAUGAAAACAAAAUGAUUCACAAAUUCAACUGAAUCGAAUGAUUUUGGAGAAUCUAGGCAAUGUGAACUUCCAGGACAUCACAACAUAAACACCACAAUUGUGUAUGAGGAACAGCAUCCUUUUAUAUGAAGGAGAUAAAUACAAUUAAACUUGACUUGUGAAUCAGUGAAACAACUGACAUUUGAUUCACUAAAAACUCACUGUUUGAAAGAAUCACGCCAGUAAACUUUCUGUAGUAUCUGUGUGAACCAAAUAAAACUGUAACAGAAUACCACAAUGUAAUGUAUUAAUGCAGAUUUCCACAGUUUUUUUUUCAUUUGUUUGUUUGUUUCUGCAUAAUUCAGUGUGUGAGGUGUAAACAGGGUGAUUCAG